UCUAUAUAAUUAGCAUCGAACUGUAACUCUUUAACUCUCUCAAAUCACUCAUGUAUUUCUGUUAGCGGAGAAACGACGCCGUAUCCAGAUCUCAUGGUUUGCGUUUUUCUUCUUCUUAAUUUUGUAGGAAUUUUGGAUCCCUCUACCCGUCGUGCUUUCGUUUUGAUUGAAUUGUUUUGUGGUUUUUUUUUUUUUUUGGAUAUCUUUUUGCUGUUACCAUGUUGGGUAGUUUUGGGUUUUUGUCGUUUACAUAAAAGUGUAGUUUCAUAGGUUAUCGUUCUUGUUCUCGUCGUUUAAUUUGAUGAUUUUGCUAUUAUGGAUUGUGGGUAGGACCCAUAAUUUAGUUUUGUGAUCUGCUUCUGGCUUUUUCAUAAGGCUGAUCUGUGUUACAAUAAAUGGAUCUGAUUUGAAACCCUUGAUGUUAUAUGCUUGAGUUUGGGUACCUUAAUAUGAAAUUUUUACUCUUAUGUAGAUUUGGUACUGAAUGCAUCACUGUUGGAUUUAGCUAAGAUUCGAAGAACACUUUUGAACAUCUUUUGUUGUCUUGUAUUCAAGGAAAUGGAGUUAAAACCCUUCAUAUGUUGGGUUUUCAUUUCUGUCAUUGUCUUUGCUCAAGUUAGCAAUGGGUUUUAUCUGCCUGGAAGCUAUAUGCACACUUAUUCUGAUAAAGAUCCUAUAUAUGCCAAAAAAAGUGCUGAGAAUCUUGGAGAACUCCUUAUGGGUGAUCAGAUUGAUAACUCACCAUACCGUUUUCGGAUGAAUUUUAAUGAGACAAUCUACCUCUGCACGACAUUGCCGUUGAAUGAGCAUGAGGUUAAGCUACUCAAACAAAGAACGCGUGAUCUGUAUCAAGUGAAUAUGAUCCUUGACAACUUGCCAGUUAUGAGGUAUACUACUCAAAAUGGGGUUAAAAUCCAGUGGACAGGGUUCCCUGUUGGGUACACUCCAUCCGAUGGUGGUGCUGCUGAUUACAUCAUUAACCACCUCAAGUUCACUGUCUUGGUUCAUGAAUAUGAAGGAAGUGGGGUUGAGAUUAUUGGAACUGGGGAGGAAGGUCCAGGUGUUAUUACUGAAGCUGACAAGAAGAAGGCUUCUGGAUAUGAAAUAGUUGGUUUUCAGGUUGUCCCUUGUAGUAUUAAAUUUGAUCCUGAAGUCAUGACAAAGCUUCACAUGUAUGAUAAUGUCUCUGCUAUAAGCUGCCCAAAUGAGCUUGACAAGUAUCAAGUAAUAAAAGAGCAAGAAAGGGUAUCAUUUACAUACGAGGUUGAGUUUGUGAAAAGUGAUAUAAGAUGGCCAUCACGCUGGGAUGCUUAUUUGAAGAUGGAGGGUUCUCGAGUUCAUUGGUUCUCGAUCCUGAAUUCACUUAUGGUUAUUUUUUUCCUUGCUGGUAUUGUGUUUGUUAUUUUCUUAAGAACUGUAAGAAGGGACUUGACAAGGUAUGAGGAAUUGGACAAAGAGGCACAAGCUCAGAUGAACGAGGAGCUUUCUGGAUGGAAACUUGUGGUGGGUGAUGUAUUUAGGGAGCCUGAUUGCUCAAAGCUUCUCUGUGUGAUGGUUGGAGAUGGGGUUCAGAUUCUUGGAAUGGCUGCUGUUACUAUUGUGUUCGCUGCACUUGGUUUCAUGUCACCAGCAUCCAGAGGAAUGCUACUAACAGGGAUGAUCAUUUUAUACCUUAUCCUGGGAAUUGUUGCUGGCUAUGUCAGUGUACGUCUCUGGAGAACCAUUAAGGGAACUCCAGAAGGGUGGAGAUCAAUUUCCUGGUCUGCUGCAUGUUUUUUUCCUGGAAUUGCUUUCAUUAUUCUUACAGUACUAAAUUUUAUUCUAUGGAGUAGCAACAGUACUGGGGCUUUACCAAUUUCGUUGUAUUUCGAGCUGUUCUUCCUCUGGUUCUGCAUUUCAGUACCCCUUACCCUCAUUGGAGGAUUUAUGGGGACAAAAGCUCAGCCAAUUGAAUAUCCUGUGCGGACUAAUCAGAUUCCAAGGGAAAUUCCUGCACGUAAAUAUCCAUCAUGGCUUCUUGUUCUUGGUGCUGGAACUCUUCCAUUUGGAACCCUCUUCAUUGAGCUUUUCUUUAUUCUUUCCAGUAUUUGGCUUGGGAGGUUCUAUUAUGUGUUUGGUUUUCUUUUGGUUGUUCUUCUCUUGCUGGUUAUUGUUUGUGCUGAAGUGUCAGUGGUCCUCACCUACAUGCAUCUCUGUGUGGAAGAUUGGCGGUGGUGGUGGAAGGCAUUCUUUGCUUCAGGUUCUGUUGCUCUAUAUGUCUUCUUGUACUCCAUUAACUACUUGGUUUUCGACCUGCAGAGUUUGAGUGGACCUGUCUCAGCUACCCUUUACCUGGGUUAUUCACUACUCAUGGCAGUUGCCAUCAUGUUGUCGACUGGCACGAUUGGCUUCCUUAUGUCAUUCUACUUUGUUCACUACUUGUUCUCAUCAGUAAAGAUAGAUUGAGGUUCUUAAUGUUAUCUCUCAUUAACUAAGCAAAAGAUCAAAUUGAUAUAACUUCAUCUGCUGAGUUCUUUUUGUAAGUCUAGCUUGAUUGCGUCGCAGAAUUUUAAGUGGGGCAACGGAUGCUUCAUUGAUUGCCUUAUAUAGUUGUUAUCCAUUUUAUACUGCAAUGUGAUCUGUAGUUUGUUCCCCUUCAAA